AUGUCACAAUUCUCUGAUUCACGCUAUAACGCUAAUAACUACAAUACCUAUAGGCCUUCAUACCCAGAAUCAUUUUAUGAGAAGUUGAAAGAGUAUGAACAAACAUCCCUAUCGUUACAUGACGGUAGGUUGAAGACAUUAUUGGAUAUUGGAUGUGGUACUGGGAUUGCUACUUAUCAAUUAUCCAAGAAUUUAAAAGAUUUUGAUCAACUUAUUGGGAUAGAUGCAUCAGAUACUAUGAUAAAGACAGCAACUGAGGCCUAUGGUUCUAUAAAGUCACUAUCUUUUGAGAUUUCUGGAUAUGACAAAAUUGAUGAUAAAUUUGCAUCUGAGAGUAUUGACAUGAUUACCUGCUUUCAAGCAUGUCAUUGGUUCGAUUUUGACAAGUUUGUUAAUGUCAGUUGGAAAUUACUCAAAGUCGAUGCCCCUUUGGCAAUUGUAGGGUACAUGGAUUCGGUGAUUUUAGAAUAUCCUGAACUGGAUUCUUUAUUACAUGAGCUGGAAUAUGGACAGGAGAAUCUAGGACCUUAUUGGGACCAACCAGGAAGAACUAUUUUACGUAGUGGGUUAGCUGACUUCCAUCUAGAUGAAACGAAAUUUACUGAUAUCCAAGAAGUAAUAAUUGAUGCAAAAAUGUUAAGAUCAAAAUACUAUGACAGCGAUAACAACCCUUUAAUAGUCUCCAAAAAAAUGGCACUGUCUGAUUUUGCUAAUUACCUAAGGACCUCCAGCAGUUACUUCACCUGGAGACAGAAACAUCAAGAUUCAGAAGAUUUGGUCCAAAUAUAUAUGAAUAAAAUUUUGGAAAAGAUUGAUAGUCUUAAGCUCAGUUCAGAAGUUACAAUAGUUUGGGGGAGUUACUAUAAAAUUGGAAAGAAAAAGCAAUUAUAA